GAAGGGUCGGCGGCGCUGACACUAUGGCCGCGCUGAGAGCCGUCGGAGCGGCACUGUAUAGAGGAGUGGGGGCGUUGCGCUUCUCCGGCCCGGGAGUGGGCCGAGGACAGGCCCCACUGAGGAGAGCUGGUGGUGAUGUCCACAUUGAGUCCCGAUACAGACAGUAUCCAGAAGUAACCAAGACUCAGGUGUGGCAGUCACAGUUUCUCAGCAGUUUCAUGUGGUUCUGGAUUCUCUGGCACCUGUGGCACAACCCUGAUGCAGUCUUUGGGCACUUCCCUUAUCCUGAUCCUUCCAAAUGGACCGAUGAGGAGCUGGGUAUCCCUCCCCUAGAUGAAGAAUAACUAGGAUCUGAUGCAGGUCUUCUCUGUGUGCAUACCUGCAAGUCCACCUGAUUAAUUAUAUGGAAAGUAAAUUGGUGUAAAUAAACGUCUAUUACACAGAUCAUGAUCACACGUGCAUCUGUUCCUGGGCUUCAGCCUCACGCAGAAUUGCUUGUGACUUGCAAAAAUUGCAUCCUUAAGAUAUAAAAAUAUAUAAACAGUUCACUUUACAGUACACUUUAAACUGUGAAGCGCUUUGAGAUAUCUCGAAGACGUGAUAAAGCACUAUAUCACAUUCAAGAAUUAAUAUUAUUAAGGUUAUGAAAUCAAAAACACAAAUUAUUUCUUUAUAGAGUAAUUUACAACAGGAAUGUGUUUUUUGGAGGAAGGUUGAGGCCAAGAUACUCAAAUAAAACGUUAAACACUC